AUGCGCGCCCGGUGUCUUGCAGUAGCGCCUGUCGCCGAGCCGGCCGCGCGUGCAGGUCCUGUUCCACGUGGCGGGCCGGGCGUGGGCCGAGCCCGCGGCCGCCGAGAGGCUGCCGUGCCUGCGGCUCUGGGCCUUCCGCGACGCCCGCGAGCUGCGGGGCGGCUGCCGGCCGGCGGGCGCGCUGGGGCUGUGCGUGGCGCAGCUGGAGCUGCCGCCCGCCUGGUUCGGGCCCGCGCCCGGCGGCGCCGUGGAGCUCUACUACGCCGCGCAGCCGGCCGACGAGCGCGGCGCCUGCGCCGGCGGCGACCCCGCGAAGGCCAACGCCAUCCGCCCGGGCAAGGACGGCGCCGCAGCGAGGCCGCCGCACCUGCGGAGGAUCGGCGCCGUGGGCCUGCACCGCGCGCGGGAGGGCGCCGCGCUCAGCGAGCUGCACCUGGACGCCGACGUGGUCGUCCGCCUUCCCUCCGGGCCGGCCAAGCCCGGAGCCGUGGUCGCCGCCCACGUCGCCAUCGCCAGCGACUCCACUGUGGACUUCUUCGUGCUCAGAGCCAAGGUGAAGAAGGGGGUGCGGAUCCUGAGCGCCCAGCCCAGCGAGCCCCGGCACUGGGCCGUGAAGCAGGAGGUGGGCAACGGCGGGAAGCAUGCCACCGCCACCGUGUCCUGCCAGCGCCUGGCACAGGCAGCGCGCAACAGAAGCAGCAGUCCCUUCAGCGAGGUCGCGCAGCUCGACUUUGAAGUCACCAGCUUCAGCAGCCUGUCGGGCACCCAGCCC